AUAUGAAGCAGGAAGUCAUGUGAUCUGAAGUUCAGUCACAACAAAGAUGGCGGCUGUGCUGAGGAGUGGGUUCUGGGCUCUGGUUGUACUGGUUUCCACUUCGAGUCAAAGUUCGUUUGAGCGACAGUUGUCAGUACAGUUGAAUCCCGGAUGGACGACGACGUCGCCGCCUCCUGGUGGCGACCUGCUGCACGUGAGAGCCUUUGGAGACAACGAUACGCUGCACUACCUGUUCUGCAGCCAGGGGGCGCCCACGCUGCUGCUCAUCCACACCAACUCUUCUUCUUCUACUGUCCAGGUGGAUUGGCCUCUGUUUCUGGCUCGUAACACCAGCGGCAGCCUGAAGGUGGAGCCGGAGAGCAGCAUCCUGCAUAGCACCGCCGUCGUCUUCAGCCGGCUGCUGGAGUACGAUGACGUUAACGACACGGCCGAUCCGACCUCUGACCUGUUCCCCCCGUACGAGCUGCAGAACUUCACCUGGUCGCGUCUCAACCUGACGGGUGACUCCGCCCGGCUCUGCGGCGCCGCCAGCAGCUCGUCCAGUGGCGUGCUCUGCCUGCAGUUGUCAGUAUUUAAGACAGAUGGGCGUGGUCAGACCUGGCCCCGCCUCUUACACACAGCUAACUCCUCCCAGCUGGAGGUUUGGAUCGAUGGCUUGUUGCCACGGGCAACUCGCUCCAGGUUCCUAUUGGAGCUGCAGGCAGUGGGCGGGGCUUAUCCUCUGAGCAGGGUGGAGGUUCAUCGAUCGAUCGAUGACGAGUACACGCCGUCAAUCUUCAAGGCGUCUCAUUGGGUUUCGGCGGCGAACGGCAGCUCUGAUGUCCGGAGCUUCGUGCAGUGGAAGCCGGUGGCGUACCGGCGGUCUGAUCCCGCCCUGGAGGAGGCCACGCCCUGCAGUCACUCCGAGCCCCGGUGGCAGAGCGGAGAGACCACCGCGGCAGCGUCGGGACUCGUCCAAGCGUUCGACUCCGACCUGGACACGUUCGGGCUCAACGUGAGCUUCGGCCUCGCCGGGGAACCGUUCUACAACAGCACCAAGUUCCUCAGCUGGACGGUGUUAGUGGGCGUCGGCUCUCCUCCUGUCGACUCGUUCUCGCCGCUGGUUGUGGCCAUCAUGGCGGUUGGACUGGGAACACCGGUGGUCCUCUUGUUGCUGGGCGGACUCUGGGUCUGCCUGAGUAAGAAGGCAGCGGAUUCAACGACAGCUUAUGAGCCAAUCAACUGAGGACUGGUGCACAGCCAAUGUGAUGACAUCACUCUACUGAAGACCCUACUGAGUCCAGACAGCCAAUCAGAACCCAGACUUUUUAUAAAUUAAUUUAUUGAUUUUUUAUUAAAGAUAUUAAUCAACAGAUUGAAACAGAUUAUUCAGUUUAGUGAGAAACUGAUAAUCUUUUAUAUGCAACUUUGAUUAUUUAAGAUUUUAAAUCUUUGAUUAAAAAAAAGUUUGUCUUUAAAAACCUCUUCAGAAAUAUUUAGUUAAAAAAGGAUUUAGUAUCUCACUUCCCGACGAGCAGGGUGAACGUCACGUGACGCUGGUUCUUUUAGUUUCUUCAGUCGCAGAAUCACCUGAUUUUUUUAUCUGUGUCUUUGUAAAAUGAUGAUUCAGUUUUUUGUUUCAAUUUUUAUUUUCUCGUUUCAGUUCAUUUUUAACAAACUGUGGCUAAACCUGUUGAUUUAAUCACAGAAAAAACAAAACAUUUAAUAAAAUCUGAGACAAAAGUUUGUUCGACGAUGAAACGUCGUCAUCUGCUGAUCGACGAGCAGCAGGACCAAUCAGGGCUCAGCGUGUGGUCAGGGUCGACCAAUCAGCUGAAGGACAGAUUCAAAAACAGUGAGGGACGAGUCAACAUGAGAACUCGGUUCUGACAUGAUUCACCUUUUAUUUGUUUCAUAUUGAAAAUAAUGCUUUAACAGUUUGAGGUUGAAUUCUCCAUUAAGAUUGAAUUGAAUGAUUUGACAACACGUGUGAUGUCUCAAUGGUUUAAGUCUGAAAUAAAGUUCUUGGAGAAUUCAUCUUUUGAAUUUUUACGAGUGAAGAUCUUGGUAAAGUAAAAAAGGUCAAGUUAAAAGAUUCAGACUCCAUAUCGUCUCCUCCUGUCAUGUUCAAUAAAGUUCAUCUUGGAAAGAAAA